UAAACAGGAAGCAGUUAGCCAGAAGGUUAUCGGCUGAACACAGAAGCGAGAGCAAAUAACGUUACAUUUCGCCCGUGAUAAUGGCGUUUGUUUUUUAUUUUGGCAACAGUUCAGUGAGGUAUAUCUCCACUUAAGAAGAAAAUACAGUCUUGGAGAAUUCCAUCAAACUAGCUAACUAAUGUAAAAUUAAAAAUUAAAAAAAAAAUAAUAAUAAUAAAAAGCAAGUUACCCCUGAAGAGCUAACAACGUUAGCCAUUUUCUUUGUUAAUUGGCUGGCUAGCGAGCUGAUAACGUGUACCGGGCUACAUGUCAAUGUCCUCUCUUUGUUUGCAAGCCUGUGUGUCUAACUAACUAUUGAUGUAACUAGGUAACAAGCGAACUAACGUUAACGACCAAUGAGUUACGAGGUGAUUGUGCAGGUCAGGCGUACACAGUAUAUCGUUUUUUCUGACCGGGGUCGUAUGAACAUCCCUGGUCUGUGUGCUGCAAGGAGCAGCUGUUGAGGAGUUCCCGGAUAAAUCCUCAUUAUCACGUCCAUCUGUGGAGCUAAUUGUCUCUAUUUUCCACCUGAGACGAGUCUGAUAGAAGAACAAGAACAUCUACAGACAAACCCGUGUUCGUAUCCAGGCGGUUGUCAUGCACCUGUAAUCCGCUUCCUGUCAGCCAGACAGCCGGGCCCAGCCACCCAGACCCAGCCACAGCGCUCCGGUCCAGUGGGUCCCCAUGGAGCCCAGUAAUGACGUAGCGUUGGAUAUCAUUAUCACCAAUGUGGUGGCUGUAUUCAGGACACGCUGCCACCUCAACCUGCGCACCAUCGCUCUGGAGGGGGUCAACGUAAUCUAUAAACCUGAAUAUGGGAAAGUCCUGAUGAAACUCCGCAAACCCAGGAUCACCGCUUCCAUCUGGUCUUCAGGGAAAAUCAUCUGUACCGGCGCUACCAGCGAGGAUGAGGCUAAGCAGGGAGCCCGGAGGUUAGCCCGCACCCUGCAGAAACUGGGCUUCAAGGUGAGGUUCUCAGAGUUCAAGGUGGUGAAUGUCCUGGCAGUGUGCUCCAUGCCCUUCGCCAUCCGACUCAUCGACUUCACCAAGAACAACCGGCCCAUCGCCAGCUAUGAGCCAGAGCUCCACCCAGCUGACCACAGGAUCAAAACCCUCAAGGCCACCGUCCAGGUCUUCUCUACCGGCAGCCUUACCAUCACAGGACCAAAUGUGCAGGCUGUAGCCACGGCUGUAGAGCACAUCUACCCCAUGCUGUUAGAGUGUCAGAAACCCCUCCGCAAAUAACACACACGGAAAAACAAGAACGAAAUGGAGAGAGAAAGACAGAGGCUAAAAAGCACCUCAUCCAUUGGAUGCAUUGUAUUAUCCUCAACUUGUCUGCCCCGGCAACAGUCUGGGCCUUUGUCCUGAUUGGCUGGAUUUGUCCAGGAAGUCAGAAAGGCAGCUUCCGUCCUCCUACUGUCCAAUGACCUGUUGUCUUGGUGACAGCUACGCCCUCUGAACUUUGACCCUGGAUGACCUCUACAGUAUGACCUCUAACCUUUCACCUUUAGCAGCCAGCCAGCCAAUGAUGGCUGCUCCAGUGACUGAUUCACACUAGAAUGGGCAGGACUCUCCAAGCCAACCAUUAUUCCUUAUUAUUUUAGAUUUGAUGAUGUCACGGGCUGUGUUCCAAAUGGCAGCCUAUUCCCUAUAUAGUGUACUACUUUCAUGGGUCCUGGUCUAAAGUAGUGCACUAUGUAGGGAAUAGGGCUCUGGUCUAAAGUAGUGUACUUUAUAGGGAAUAGGGCCCUGGUCUAAAGUAGUGCACUAUAUAGGGAAUAGGGCUCUGGUCAUAGGCUGUCAUUUGGAACACACACAAGGGUUUUAAUGCAUGGGCAGACAGACCAUUCUUCAACAUGACCUGUCCCACAGAACAUGACAGACCAGUCUUCAACAUGACCUGUCCCACAGAAUGAGGGUUUUAACAGAACAUGACAUAACAGACAUUUCCAUAAGAAGCUUUGAAAGUCCCAUUUGACCGUGAUGUUGAACAGAGCCUUGUUUUUAGACCCUGUAGUCAUCUGCUCUAUUCAAAUCACUGGGAUUACAAAAUUCCUGUAACUUUCCACCAAUUCCCAGGUUCUCCGAAAAUCUCGGUCGGACGAUUCCAGAUGACCUGUUUCUUCCAUCCUUUCCUGGGAAAACUUCCUACUGUGAUUUCUUGAAAACCUGGAGAAUUCUGGGAGAGUUUCCGGUGUUACGCAACCCGACAUGUCCCCCUUUAACCACAGAUCAGAUGUUUCCAUCCACCUUGGUAGUCUUUUACUUGAGAUGCGUCUUCUGGAAGAUUCCGUCCGUGAGUUGUUCAGGCUGGGGCAUUGAAUACUUGACAGACAGGUGGUGGUUGUUGAUCUGUGGAGAGAAACACCUGCUGGAAUGGGAAAUGCUUGUCCUAUUCCUGUCCUGAUUGUUGUAUGGUUGGACUUUUUUUGUAUUUUAUAAAUAAAAUAACAUUUUAAAAAAAGGG